AUGAUUCUUAAUCCAUUAAAAUUAAAAUUGGGAAGAAAGUAUGGAAAAUAUGAAAUAAGUCAAGAUAUUUUUGUUGUAACAAUAUUUAUUAGUGAUAGAUCAUUAUGUCAAUGUACCUUAAAUUCUGAAUCAACACCUUUUACAAUAAUAGAAUUUUUACAACAAAAAGUUAAUCUUGAGCAGCCAGAAUUUUAUGGAUUUAAAUAUCAAUUAAAAUGUAAUGAUCCAGAUAAAAGAAUAUUUCGUUGGUUAGAAUUUGAUAAACCAGUUAAAAAACAAUUAGAUAAAUAUGCAUGUAAACCAAGACACAUUCAAUUAGCAAUAUUAUAUUGGACGGUAAAUCCUAGUGUGUUGUGUGAUCAAAUGAGUAGAAGUAUCUAUUUUUAUCUUAUUAAGAAUGAUGUUAUAAAUGGUAAAUUUAUAAUUGACAUUGAAAAAUAUUUAACACUUGCUGCAUAUUCUUUACAAGUUGAAUAUGGUGAUUAUGAUCCACAUUUUCAUACUUUAGAAUUUCUUAAAACUUUACAAUUACUACCAUUUCAUUUUAUUAAAAAUGGACAGGUUGGUGAUGAAUAUUUGUUACAAAUAUUAACAUUAUAUGAACGAUUAACAUCAAUGAAUAGUUCACAAGCUGCAAUAUUAUAUCUUGCUGAUGUUGCCUCAUCACCAGGUUAUGGUGAAGAAUAUUUUUAUUGUAAAGAUGAUGAUAGUACAGAAACAUCAAUUGGAUAUUCUUUUAAUGGAAUUAUUGUUAAAAAAUAUCAUACAGAUAAUAUAUUUAUAUCAUGGUUUGAUAUAAAAAAUAUAACAUCUUCUAAAAGAAAUUUAAUAAUUAAAAUAAAACAAGGAAAUACAUAUCAAUAUUUAUUUGAAGACACCACAUCAGCUAAAUAUUCAUCUAUCAUUUUUAAUUGGCAAUAUAAAUAUUCAACAACAAUUGCUAUUAUACAAAAAAAUUUACCCAUUGAAAUAGGAAAUUUAGAUGAUGAAAUGAUUGUUUUUGUUGAUAAUUCAAAAAUAACAAUACAAACAUCAACUUUUAAUAAUAAUAAUUUAAAUCAUAAAAUUAGUAAUACAGGAGAAAUUAUUGAAAAUGUCUCUCCUCAACAAUUAUCAAUGGCAUUUAGGAAUGAUCAUUUAUCAUUAAAGUCAUCAUCCUAUAGUCAUUCUUCUACCUCAAUAUCUAAAAAUACAAAUAAUGGAAUUAAAGGAAUUAUUGGAAAUGAAAUUAUAUCACAACAACUACCAUCUAUACGAUCAUCACCUGAAAUUAAUUUAAUAACAAGAAAUCAUAAUAAUCAAUCAAAUGAUUCUGAAGGAUCACAUUUAAAAUUUAUAAAAAGAUCUUCUGACAGGGGUAGGAGGGCAAAUUUAAUGGCUGCUGGGGCUGCAAAGGCAAAACAAAAUGGUUCAGUUAACUUUUAUUCACGUAGUUCUGAUUCAUUUGAAGAUAAUAAUAGUAUUCAUGUUCAUUUUCAAAAACAAGGUAAUAAAUUUCGAUCAACACCAAAUUUGGCUACAAUUAAACAUCCCAGAAUGGGUAUUUCAUCAUUAAAAGUAUCACAUCAUAAUAAUAGUAAUAUAAUUUCAUCAUCAUCAUCACCACCACAUAUUAUGUCUCCAGUAAUUGUUUCAAAAAAAUAUUCAGCACCAAUAAUUGGUCAAAAAUAUACUCACCCAUCUCCAUUACCAUCCAGAUCAAUUAUUUUACCAUCAUCUAAUAAUUUUGAUAAUUUAAUAUCUCAUUAUACAUUUUAUCAUGAUAAACAACAUCAAUAUCAAGGAGAUAAUAUAGAUUCAGGUAGAGAUUCCCUUUCAACAGACCAAUAUAAUCAUAAUGAAAAGAUAAUGACAUCUUCAUUGGAAGAUGAAUAUAAUGAUAAGAAAGAUAAUGAUGAAGAUGAUUAUACAGACAAUGAUAAUGAAAAAGAAAUAGGACAUGGUACAAGAUAUCAUUUUGAUACAAUUGAUGAAAGUAGAAACUUAGUUAUAUCCAGUACUCGUGAUGAAAAUUUAUUACAGCGAAAACGUUCUCAAUUACAAAGACAAGAUUCUUGUGAUUUAAAAAGUACUCAUGGUGAUGAAGAUCAAUUUUCUAUUGAUACCUCAACACCCGAUAAUUUUAUAACAUAUACUAAUACAACAUCUUCACCAAUUAAUGAAUAUUUAUUAGAUAAUAUGGAAGGAAUUCAAUGUCAAAAUAAUCUUUGUUUUGGAUUAGAAGAUACCUUAAGAUUAUUAUUAAAAAAAUUAGGAAAUAGUUCUAGUUUAAAUAAAGAAUUUAAUGAUAUUCCUAAAAAAAGGCAUACAGCUGGUACCUCAACUAGUUUAAAUAUUCAUAAUUUAAAUAAAAAUAGAAGUAAUUAUAUAUUACCAUAUGAAGAUACAAGAGUAACAUUAUUAACAACUAAAGAUAAUAUUGAUGGAUAUAUUAAUGCUAGUAAUGUUCGUAUACCAUUAGGUGGUUAUCAAUUUUUACAUUAUAUUGUAACACAAAAUCCUUUACCAAAUACUAUUAAUGAUUUUUGGCAAUUAGUUUGGGAGAAGGGUGUUUAUGUUAUUGUUAUGAUACAAAAAAUUUGUAAUUCAACAAGUGUUCCAAUAUAUUGGCCCACAAAAAUUGGUGAAAAAAUAAAAUUACCAAUGUUUUCUGUAAGAUUAAAAAGUACCAAUAAAUAUAAUAAUAUUGUUAUUUUAAAAUGCCUAAAAUCAGGAAAGAAAAAAACAAUAUAUCAUUUACAAUAUACAGAUUUAGAUGAUUAUAAUAUACCAUUAUCAUCAGAAUCAUUUUUAGCAUUUCUUGAUACUGUUAAUAGUGUCCAAAGACAUGUCUAUAAUACAUUAAAAGAUAAUGAAAGAAUUAUUGAACAUACCAAUCGCCUAUCAAAUACAACCAAAUACAAAUCAUCACGUAGUCGUUCAGUUGGUAGAGUUAAUUUACUAGAUGUGACAAAUAAAUUACGUUCACUAUCAACUGAUACAAGAAAAACAUCUACAAUUAGUGUAAAAAGUUCAAAUAUUAUGAAUUUAAAUAAUUUAAGUUUAAUUAAUGAUCAAAAAAGUGAUAAUAGUUUUGGUACAAUGACAGAUUCUGUAAAUUCAUCACAAAGAUCAAGUAAAAAUUCAUACACUGAUUCUGGUAAAGGAAGUAAUAUAGGUGAUGAUGAUAAAAAUAAACAAAUACGUAAAAAUAUAUAUCCACCAAUAUUAGUUCAUUGUAUUGAUGGAACCAAUGAAUCAGGUGUCUUCUUACUUACUGAUGUCAUAUUAAAAUGCCUAGAAAAUAAUAUUCCCUUUGAAAUUAAUCAAAUUCUUCGGAUCAUGAGACAACAACGAAUGAGUUUGAUGCAAAGUGUUGGACAAUAUCGUUUUGUACAUUCAACUAUAUCACAUUACCUUCAACGGUCUAGAUUAAUAUAA